AUGUCCAAAUCCGACAACGACGCACCAGCGCCUGUCCCGGUCGCGCCCGCUGAGCCACCGGCAGCGCCCGCACCACCCACGCCCGCACCCGCUCCCCAGACAUCGACAAUCUCCCAGCUUGCUGAGACGGCCAAGGCCGAGAUCAAGAAGGUGGAGGCGGAGAUGUCCGAUCUGUCGCACGGCGCAGCAGCAAACAAGAUCGCCGAGGUCACCGAGUCCGCACAGGCCGAGUACAAGGGGCUCAAGGCAGAUGCCAUUGGUCUGGCCAAGAAGGUCGAGGCCGAGGUGUCGGAGCUGACCCACGGCGCCGCAGCAUCCAAGAUCGCAGAGGCCGCGGAGGCCGCCAAGGCCGAGUACAAGGAGCUCAAGGCGGAGGCCAUUGACCUGGCCAAGAAGGCCGACGACGCCGUCAGCCUGCCGUCACCCGAGGCGGCCACAUCGAGCCUCGCCGCCCAGGCGCGCUCCUUUGCGGCUGGUGGUUUCGGUGGCAUCUGCGCCGUCCUGGUCGGCCACCCCUUUGACCUGGUCAAGGUGCGCCUGCAGACCGCCGAGAAGGGCGUGUACUCGUCUGCCAUUGACGUCGUGCGCAAGACCGUUGCCAAGGAUGGUCUGCGUCGCGGCAUGUACGCUGGUGUCACGGCACCGCUCGUUGGUGUCACUCCCAUGUUCGCCGUCUCCUUCUGGGGUUACGAUGUCGGCAAGCAGAUCGUCCGCAGCUUCACCCCCGCCAAUCCCGACGGCUCCCUCACCAUUGGCCAGAUUUCCACCGCUGGUUUCCUGUCCGCCGUGCCCAUGACCGCCAUCACCGCCCCCUUUGAGCGCGUCAAGGUCAUCCUGCAGGUCCAGGGCCAGAAGGUCCUCAAGCCCGGCGAGAAGCCCCAGUACAACGGCGCCAUUGACGUCGUCCGCCACCUUUACAAGGAGGGCGGUGUUCGCUCCGUCUUCCGCGGCAGCGUCGCCACCCUCGCCCGCGACGGCCCCGGCUCUGCUGCCUACUUUGCCGCCUACGAGUACAUCAAGCAGUCCCUGACGCCCAAGGACCCUGUUACCGGCAAGGCCAACGGCCAGCUGAGUCUGACGGCCAUUACCGUGGCCGGUGCCGGUGCCGGUGUGGCCAUGUGGAUCCCCGUCUUCCCCGUCGACACCGUCAAGAGCCGUCUGCAGACGAGCUCGGUGCCUGGCCUCACCAUUGGCUCCGUCGUGCGCGAGUUGUACGGCAAGGGCGGCUUCAAGGCCUUCUUCCCCGGUCUCGCCCCUGCGCUGGCGCGUGCCGUGCCCGCCAACGCCGCCACCUUCCUCGGUGUCGAGCUGGCCCACCAGGCCAUGAACAAGUUGUUCAACUAA